AUGCAAAUUUUGAUUAAUCCAAAAAGCUACUACAAAUUGCCUGGCAAAUAUCCAUAUACUCGUGGGCCAUAUCCAACAAUGUACACGCAGCGACCGUGGACAAUCAGACAGUAUGCUGGUUUCUCAACAGUCGAAGAAUCCAAUAAAUUUUACAGGGAUAACAUUAAAGCUGGGCAACAAGGCCUUUCCGUGGCAUUCGAUUUAGCCACACACAGAGGGUAA